GCUGAGAGAGUCGCGUUCAAAUGAAGCGGACCAUGCGUGGGAAACGACGUCGAUCGUAGCCAGACGCCUUUUUUAGGGUUCGCCACCGCUCGUUGAAAUCGCACUUCCCGUCUUUUUCUGCUUCUUCCCCAUCGCACUUCUCGGAAAUCAAUCUAAUGGCAUUGCCGAAUCAGCAAACGGUGGACUACCCGAGCUUUAAGCUUGUGCUUGUCGGCGAUGGCGGGACAGGGAAAACAACAUUUGUGAAGAGGCACCUUACUGGUGAAUUCGAGAAGAAGUAUGAACCUACAAUCGGUGUUGAGGUCCAUCCUCUUGAUUUCUUCACAAAUUGUGGGAAGAUCCGAUUUUAUUGCUGGGAUACGGCUGGUCAGGAAAAAUUUGGUGGUCUGAGGGAUGGAUACUAUAUUCAUGGUCAGUGUGCUAUAAUCAUGUUUGAUGUGACUGCAAGGUUAACCUACAAGAACGUCCCAACAUGGCACCGGGACUUAUGCAGGGUUUGUGAGAAUAUUCCUAUCGUUCUGUGUGGCAAUAAGGUUGACGUGAAGAGCAGGCAGGUUAAAGCAAAGCAAGUUACCUUCCACAGGAAGAAGAACCUCCAGUAUUAUGAGAUCUCAGCAAAAAGCAAUUAUAACUUCGAGAAACCAUUCCUUUAUCUUGCGAGGAAACUUGCAGGGGACCCCAACCUUCAUUUUGUUGAGUCACCUGCACUGGCGCCUCCAGAGGUUCAGAUUGACUUGGCCGCGCAGCAACAACAUGAAGCUGAGCUUGCUGCAGCUGCCGCUCAGCCGCUUCCGGACGACGACGAUGAUCUGCUUGAUUAGAAGCGUUUUGUAGUGUGUUGUUUUCCAAGGUGUGCUAUGAUAUGAACCAACAGACUUUGUUUUUCUGCCCAUUUUUAGAAUUGGCGCUGAAUGCUUUUCAUUAGUUUAUUCAAGAAUGUUUCUCCUUUGAUGUGGAACAUAAUAUGUGGAUAACUCUGCUAAUCUCAGUGCCGUUUAUAUCA